AUGAGCUUCCCUUCUCCAAAGAAGAAUGGCGGCCAUCCUUCGGCUCCGAGACAAAUUCGCUUUGUUGCAACCGAUGGCCAGCCGCAAACCAAGCGCCGCCGCGUUAAUGCAGCUUGUCUAACAUGUCGUCGACGCAAGAUUCGAUGUUCCGGCGAACAACCAGCAUGUCUGCCUCGGAUACACCGACUCAACCGCCCACCUGCGAACGCAGUCGGAUUCUGCGUCACGAGCGCCGCCGCGUCUUUCUGUGCCGAACGCACCUACAACCCAGCGCGGUUCCCGGGCAGUCGAAAGCAGCUCCCCGAGCUGGCGCCGAUAAAUAUAUUAAAAGCCAAAGAUGUCACGGAGACGAGCACCAAGGCAAAGGGACCCGAGUCGAAGGAUGUCUUUUUCUUAGAAGACAAAUCUUCACGGACGAAUCACGAAUUUGAAGCACCAAGCGCCGGGGGCAGUCCAGAGAGCACGCGUACCUCUAUAGGCUCGGAAAAUCGCACGCAUGUGCCCUAUUUUCGGUACUUUGGUCCUACCGCGAUCGUACCUGGCUUCAAGCAAAUGGUUGUACAAGUUCGAGGCUCUCGCAGAAGUAAUCCGUCCAUGUCCUCAGACUCUCCAUCUCCGCUUCGCAGCCCCAGACCUUCUGAUAUUCCCGCGAGACCCCUUGGCGCAACCGUGGACGCCCGCGAUACAAAUAUACCCUUUUACGACCGAGACGAUACGCUUCCAGUUUCGAAUCUUGUAACUCAUCUGUGCGAACUCUUUUUUGCCCAUUUAGGGUGCAGCUUCCCUUUCCUACAGCGGGAGAGAUUCCUCCAGGACCUCAAAGAUAAAAGGGUUGAUACUAUGCUGGUAGACGCAGUGUGCUCGUUAGCUGCGAGAUUUUCGUUACAUCCCUUACUUGGCUCCCCGCAGGCACAGCCUAUUGAUCGCUCGCAGCCGCCAGUCGACGAUAAAAAGUCGGAUCGGGGUCGGCCCUUCGGUCAGCGUGCGAUGAGCGCUCUGGUGGAUUCAUUACAAUGUCCAACUCUUUCUGCCGUUCAAGCCUGCUUACUGCUCGCUUACGACCAAUUCGGGUCAAACCAUGAUAGUGGACUCUGGAUGUACCUCGGCAUCUCAAUUCGGAUGGCGCAGGACCUUGGGCUACAGAAAUAUCAGGGCCUCAAACACAACUAUGGACAGAGCGGCGUCACACCGAGUGAAGUCAUGACAGGCCAUGCCGGGAAACUAAGAGAGGACCAAUACGAUGAUUUGGAUGCGCAACUGACGCCAAAGGCGAGUCCACACCCUGCCACCGCGGAGCGAGCCAGGGAACGCGAACGUGUCGAUUCGUUCUGGAGCCUCUUCUUUCUUGAUAGAGUCAUCUCCUCUGGUACCGGAAGACCAGUGACACUACGGGACGAGGACAUUGAACUUUGUUUUCCGCUUCAGUCUGAAUCCCAGCUACCGAAUGGGUGGCCGGCGCCUUUUCCGCCGCUAAUUCGGAUCAUCCAUUUGUACGGUCGAGUCACCGACCUUAUCAACGGUAUCCAGGAUGUCAAAGACGUCACAUCGGAUACAUUGAAGAUGUUGGCCGGGAUGGAGAGCGAUUUGACUGGUAUCUACCAACGCUUGUCUCCAAGGCUUCACUUCAAUGCAGGCAAUUUUCAAGCCUACGUCAAAGCCAAAGAGGGAACCAACUUCAUUCUCCUUCAUUUUUGGUUCCAUACCCUCAUAGUUCUCCUUCACCAACCUACCUUGUUGCACUCGUUCGGUGGGUCAAUUCAACAUCUUUAUCCGAAUAGUCGCGAGCUGUCCAUGUCAUCAGCCAAGACCAUUGCCGACAUCCUAUCAUUCUCAGAGCUGGUUGACGGGAAAAGCUUCAUCGGCAACCCUUUCACGAGUCAACCGAUGUACAUUGCGGCAUGCGCAUUCCUCAUGGAAAGUGCGUAUUAUGCAACCCCUUCAUCAGGUGCCGACUCCACGCAACCUCCACCAUUGUUAGCGAACCAAUCCAGUGGAUUCGUGAUGCCUAAUAUGGAGACUUCUGAUGGAACGGAACGGAAAUCUACCCCAAAGCAUAUUCUCCUUGCUUCUGUUGCCAAAGAGAAUUAUCAGAGGUGUUACAAGGCCUUGAAAGCGCUCAACACGUACUGGGAAGGUACUGGGUACAUAUUGACAGUGCUCGACCAGAAGGCGAAGGGUAUUGUCGAUCCGCUGCUUUAUGCCGUGGAGGAGACAAAAAAUACUGAAGGUAUUGCCCCCGGAUUACCUCUUGGGCAAGGGACCUGGCGUGCGGGUAAAGCCCCAGCGGACUUCGGCUCCGGUACAGACAAAUUAGCUGAGGUCGCCGACGUCUCAUCUGAUGGAAGAUGGUCACCACACAUUGAUCCCAGUCAAGCAAUCGGAUGGGCACUCACGGGAGCGACGAAUUCUUCCCAACCCAACUUGAGUCUACUAUAUCAGAUGCCGACGACCGAGACCGAGUCGCACCCUGAGCGACCGACGUACUCGUCACGGUACAGCCACAGCUACCCUACUCUUCCAGCAAAUGGCGACGAAGGCCCAGACUCGUCAUACCAACAGCCCAUCGCACCAGCCAGGGCCCAUGAAGAAAGUGCACUCCCCCUCGCGGCACAAAACGCCAAAUACCCCCAUCCUUCAUCCGGACCAAUUAGCACCGAAUCCUCUUACUACAUGGGGAUGAACUCAACAUAUCCCGAAUCAAACACACAAACAAACCGCCCGGGACAAACAGUACAACCCGCCUUCCCCGGGAUGCCACCUGGGCUCUCAUCCUCCGCCUACAACUACUCAAUGCUUCCAACGACAUCCCCACACUCUAACAAGAACCAAAUGGGUUCGCGCGGCUCAGGCGCCGACCUCGGGCCUACAAUAGAUGAUGCCAGCGGGAUGAUGAUUGGGAGUCACGACGUUGAUAUGAACUCCCUUCAUCAGCAGGACUCUUUCCCGUUUGCCAAUGGCGAGAUACUGCCAUGGCUGGAAUAUCUUCCUCAAGAUGUUCUCAGUUUCUUUGGCGAGCACCAGAAUUACCCGCUCAUGAGCCCUGACGACGUUUCACGGCCGCCGUAA